AUGACUUACACGAAGACCUACCCCACUCCUCUCACAACCGAGAUCUCCAACCCUCGGCUCCGGCUUCUCAAUAAGAUCAAAGCCGGAGAAUAUCCGUUAAUGACUUUCAUGGCCCUUCCUUCCGUGCGCAUGGCCCAAAUCGUCGCCCUAACUGGGGUGGACGGCAUCAUUAUCGAUUGCGAGCAUGGUCAUAUCUCCGACGAUGCCAUGCACAACUCUGUCGCAGCCAUUUCCUCCCUGGGUGUAUCCCCAAUCAUCCGUAUUCGCGGUCCCACUCAUGAUAUUGUCAAACGUGCGCUUGAUACGGGUGCGCAUGGCAUCAUGGUCCCUCAAAUCAAUACUGCCGAAGAGGCAUUCCAAGUGGUCGCUUCUGCCAAAUUCCCACCACAGGGACUGCGAGGGCAAGGGUCCGCUUUUCCUGCCAUUGGCCACGGCCUGACUACCCCCGAGUAUAUGAAGUCGGCCAACGAGACCAUCAUUACUAUGAUUCAAAUUGAGACCCGUGCUGGUGUGGAGAAUGUCGACGCAAUCUGUGCCGUACCAGGGGUGGAUCUUGUCUUCAUCGGGCCCAAUGACUUGGCGCAGUCUCUCCUCGGAUACGUCCCUGCACGGGGAGAUGAGCCGGAGUUUGUUGCUGCGGUUGAAAAGAUUGUUGCGUCGGCAAGGAAGCAUGGCAAGUGGGCAGGGAGAAUGGUCAACAAUGGGAGCUUGGCAAAGGAGGCCAGGAAGACAUACGACACGGUCGCUAUCACAGGCGACACCAAAGCUAUUCAGAACUGGUAUAUGGCAGAGUUUGAGGUAGCACGAUCAUAG